UUUGGGAUGUCAGUUGUGAUUGUGAAGAGUUUACGAUUAGUGUGCUUUUAUUUGACUGUAUUCAAAAUUGAAAUAAACUGAAAUAGUAAACUAAUUUAUUACAUACUAAAUCAUCAUGCCUUAUGCUAAUCAACCUUCAGUUCAUAUCACCGAUUUAACAGAUGAAAAUGUGAAAUUCCACAUAGAGGAUACAGAUUUAAGUGUUGCGAAUAGUAUUCGUCGAGUUCUCAUUGCAGAAACUCCAACAAUGGCAAUAGACUGGGUAAAAUUAGAAGCUAAUUCAACUGUUCUAAGUGAUGAAUUUUUGGCACAUCGGUUGGGUCUUAUUCCAUUAAUUUCUGAUUAUGUCGUCCAACGUUUGCAGUAUCCAAGAGACUGCGUCUGUUCAGAUUUUUGUAAAGAGUGUAGCGUAGAAUUCACACUUGAUGUAAAAUGCACAGAUGACCAAACACGCUUGGUAACAACUGCUGAUCUGAAAAGUAGUGAUCCUCGGGUAAUUCCAGCAACGUCCAAACACCGAGAUGAAGAAUCCACUGAAUAUGGUGAAUCUGAUGAGAUAUUGUUGAUAAAAUUACGUAAAGGCCAAGAAUUGAAGUUGAGAGCUUAUGCUAAAAAAGGUUUUGGAAAGGAGCAUGCCAAAUGGAACCCCACGGCAGGAGUAGCCUUUGAAUAUGACCCUGAUAAUGCAAUGCGUCAUACAUUGUACCCAAAGCCUGAUGAGUGGCCAAAAAGUGAAUACAGUGAAUUGGAUGAAGAUCAAUAUGAAGCUCCUUUCAACUGGGAAUUGAAGCCUAAUAAAUUCUAUUUCAAUGUUGAAUCUUGUGGAUCAUUGAAACCUGAAAAUAUAGUAACCAUGGGGGUAGAAAUGUUGAGAGAGAAACUUUCAAAUCUACAAACACAGCUGAGAUUAGAAAUUGAAAAUGAUGCAUUAGCUAUAUAAGAAUUUUUUGCAACAUGUGUGGGAAGAUUCCUUGCGCUAAGUUUCCUCUAUCAUCUUGUCCUAAGGACAAAUUCAUUUCAAAUGUUUCUACAAAAAGCACUUAUAAAAACUUUUUGUGUUUUUCAAACUGUAAUCUUUGGAAUGUGUAUUGUUUGAAUUUCAAAUAAAGUUUAUUAUUUUCAUCUUCA